GGUGGGUGGAUGUCCUCCUAGGAGACAGGGGUCCCCAUCGGUCUUGUUCAAAGUGGGACAUGGGGGGCUGAAAACUGGAGGAGUCCUGACGGCAGGCCUGACCCCACAGCUCAUGUGACCCUGGGAGGGACUCUCACCUGGAAGGAGCCUGAGCUCAGCCAGAAGAGCAGCAGAGCUGACAGCGGCUGCGGGCCUGAGGGCAGGGCUGGGGCUGAAGCUCUUCUCCUCAGAGGGCAACAGAGCCAGCAGCAGAGACCAUGCAGCUCCUCUCAGCCCCGCCCCCCACAGGGAACACCCUCUGGCAGGGCUUCCUGCUCACAGCCUCGGUUUUAACCUUCUGGAGCCCAUCCCCAACUAUGGGACUGUUUAUUGAACAAGUGCCACCUGCUGUUUUGGAAGAUGGGAUUGUUUUCCUACAUUUACGGGAUAAACCACCGAAUAUCGUCACUUAUAACUGGUAUAGAUCAGAAAAUUAUUCUGAUAGCGGCCUCGUGUGUGGGUAUACAGAUAACACUCACAAACAAGGAGGGGCAAACACCGGAAGAGAGAAGAUGUACAGCAAUGGAACCCUGAGGAUGCAGGGUAUGGGCAGGAACUACUCAGGACCAUACCACGCACUGUUAGUUGACAACCUUCAAAAACGAUUUACCACAAAGACAAAUCUUGUCAUAUACCCACAGGUCAAGAGUCUCAAUUGUACAAGCAAUGGUACCAUAGCUGUGGAGUAUCAGACCACCAUUGAGUUCAAAUGUGAGCCUCAGUAUUCACUCACUAAGUACAUAUGGAAGCUCAAUGGUAGGAGCAUUACAGCUGAUAGCGAUGCCAUCCUGUCUGCGAAUUUCACAAUUCUCACUUUACCAAAGGUCAAAAGGCAUUCCUGUGGAACCUAUUUUUGUGAAGCCAAGAACCCAGCAAGCAGCCUUAAGAGCCAAGCACUGUCCCUGGAAGUUAUCUAUGGCCCAGAUGUCCCCAUAUUGUUUCCAAAAGACAGUUCAUUCCCGGAGGGAUCAAAUAUAAGGAUAUCCUGUGUGUCAGUCUCUCACCCAAAAGCAAACUAUUCCUGGACUUUCAAUGGGAAGCCCAGGAUUGAUUCCAAAGUGCUCAGUAUCAACAAUGCCACCAAAAUCCAUAAUGGAAUAUAUGCCUGCACUGCUUUUAAUCCUGCAAAUAACUUGACGAAUUCCACAGCUAAGCAACUUACAAUCUAUGAGCCACUGGCAAAACCUCAACUCAUAGUUGCCAACCUGACUUAUAAGGAAGAGGAUGACAUGAACAUGACCUGUCUUGGAAAAGAGGAGGGAACCCAAGUCACAUGGCUCUACAAUGGAAAACCAAUGAAAAUUGCUCGCUCAGCCAAGAUUUCAAUGUUGCAAAGUAACAGACUGAUUGUCAUACACAGCCUUCAAAAGGAGGAUGCUGGCACAUAUCAGUGUGAGAUCCGCAAUGAGUUAACUUACAGCCAGAGUGACCCAUUCCACCUGAACGUGUUAGAUAAACCUCAAAAAAAGAAAUUUCAGCUCUCCUUGGGGAGUACCAUUGGCAUUGUUGCUCAAUGUUUGCUGGCACUGGCUGCGCUAAUAAUUCUCGUGGUUUUCCUGUCAACAACCAGUCGUGGCAGGAAGCCGGGUAAAGAGGAAAACGUAAAUCAAAUGAAGGAUGACAUAAAACAAGCAGAUGAUAAGCCAAGCAACGUCAAAGACACCCCCAAAGACACCCACAAAGACACCCACAAAGACACCCACAAAGUGGAACAGGCUAAGAAGAAGAACCAGAUGUAAGAACAUUCUCAGUGAGGACAAUCGGACACCGUCCACUCACAGUCUGGAGCUCCUAGCUCCCUUGAUGCUGCUGGGAGCCUGAAGCUGGACCAGCUUUCGAUGCUGCUGGGAGCCUGAAGCUGGACCAGCUUUCGAUGCUGCUGGGAGCCUGAAGCUGGACCAGCUUUCGAUGCUGCUGGGGGCCUGAAGCUGGACCAGCUUUCGAUGCUGCUGGGGGCCUGAAGCUGGACCAGCUUUCGAUGCUGCUGGGGGCCUGAAGCUGGACCAGCUUUCGUUGCUGCUGGGGG